UUGUCUAUUAGACAUUGACUAACACAUAGACAAAAUCAUUUAUAUUUCGAAGUAAAGGAUGUCAAAUCAGGAGUGACAUGGAAUGUCAAAUAUAUUGAAUCAAUCUGUCAGACUUCCUUUGUUUACAUUAAUUUAUACAAACAAUUGGUGCACUUUGUUAAAAGCAUCCAUCCAAAAACAAAGCAAAUCUGCAUUGAUGGGGAACACUUUAAUAAAACUGAUUAAACUUGCUUGCUCCUUUUACUUGAAGACUGCUACAAAUAAAAUUCGAAAGCUAGCUAAAAAUGGUGCCCAUGAAAUGUUGGUGGAUCCUUCGACUGAAGACCACCAUCUAUCAUCUCCUCCAAUUUUCAAACUAAAUAACCAUUGUUUCGAGGAGUUAUUCGAAUAUCUGUCGCUGCUAGACUUGCAUUCAUUGGGCCAAACUUGUAAAUCCAUGCAACAAAUGACGGGCGAAUUUUUCACACAAAAUCAUUCAGCCGGUAGAAUUGUGUGUAAAAGUGAUGGCAUUUAUGCGGUUUAUUCAAGUCCAGAAAAUAUUGACGAGAAGUGUAUUCCGAUACCAGGUUUCCUUCCUGUCAUCAUCUCAAUCGCAAUGGAAAGCUCUGAUUUAAAUGCGUUCGUAUCUUUAAAAUCGCAUGCCAACAAAUUGGUGUCUGUCAAACAACUUUCGUUCUCGAAUCUAACUUUGAAUGAAAAGGAUGUCAAAUGUAUUCGAAAAAUUUUGCGAAAAAUCCAAGUAUUAAAACUACAACACUGUGUCGUUCAAGAUCAAGAUUUUUAUAAGCUAAUACUACAGCAUUGCAAAGACAUACGACGCAUAAGCAUACAAUUUUCUAGUGUAAAAUUUCAUUAUGGACACAAGUGGUUGAAGAAACACUAUCCAAAAUUGGAGCAUUUAGAUUUGAAUUUGGAGUGCUCUUGGAAAAUUGAUGAAUUGUCCACAUUUUUCAAACGAAAUCCAAAUCUACGAAGUUUUUCGUACGAUUCGUAUUCAGUAUGGCCGAAUAAAGAUGCAUUGCUCAAGUCUAAAAUAAAGCUCGAUACUUUUGAAUUGAAAUUCGUGGAUCUGCAUGCAUUUGUAGUUAAAUGUUUUCGAUACGAACGUGGUAGUAAAGGGAACGAAUUGAAAAUAUUAUGGGAUUUGUUGAAACAACUUCGAAUUCAAGGUUUCUACAAACGGUUACGCAUUGGUGCUUCUUCAAAUCAUACCUUGGAAAAUGAUCAAUGCCUUAAUAAGUCAUUAAACGCAAUCGCAAAAUCAAUUGGUGUAGCUAAAAUGAAAAUAGAUCAAAGCAUUUUCUUUGACUUGUACGAAAACUAUAAAAACAAUGAAAUGUGCACUCUUUUAUGUAAUGAUGUUGUGAAUGUGAAACGACUGUAUUUGAAUACAGUGUCGGCUUUCGAUAUUUUGCCAAUCAUUCAACAAGCAAAAAAUGUGAAAAAAAUCAAAUUUCACCCGAAAACCGAAUUUAAAUCAAAUGUUCUGAAACUGGAGUUUUUGAAUGCCGAACGUGAAAAAUUAGACGGAGCAAAAAAAGUUACGAUUUAUGUACCAGAUGAUGUUUUCGCCACAACGAAAUGGGCAACCAAAAAUGGCAACACAGAUCUCGGAUCAGUUGAAAUUAAACGAAUCGAAUCGUAUGAUUGGAAUUUAUAAAUUCGCUAAAUGAUGUUCAGGAGAGCCAGAGACUUUUGAUUCAAAUAUGAAUAGUCGCACUUACCAUUUUUAGUUGUAAGAAGAAACUUUUUCUAUUCGAACGGUCACAUUAGCUCUUUAAGUAUCUCCAAAAGUGACAAAUAAAUGAUUGAAAGUUAUUUUAACAUUAUCAUCUACAAGACAC